AUGCCAGCUCCAUACAAGAAGGGUUCCGAAAAGAAGGGUGCUACUUUGUUCAAGACCAGAUGUUUGCAAUGUCACACCGUUGAAGCCGGUGGUCCACACAAGGUCGGUCCAAAUUUGCAUGGUGUCUUCGGUAGACACUCUGGUAAAGCUUCCGGUUACUCUUACACUGACGCUAACAUCAAGAAGAACGUCUUGUGGGAUGAACAAACUAUGUCUGACUACUUGGAAAACCCAAAGAAGUACAUUCCAGGUACCAAGAUGGCUUUCGGUGGUUUGAAGAAGGAAAAGGACAGAAACGAUAUCGUUACUUACAUGUUGAAGGCUUGUAAAUAA